UAUAAAAUAAAAAAAGUGGAAAUCUUAAUUUUCAAGGAUUAUUCACGUCAGUUUGUGUCAAGAGGGAGUACGUGAUCAUGUAUGAAUAUGUUUUAUUACUCUCCCUUCUAACGGUAUAAAAGGUAUCUUUGUUGUAUUGAUUUCCUGUCGAACAUUUUACCACUAUGUGACUUUUGGUGUUUUUUGGCGAUUUUACGAGAUGCUUCGGAACGAAAAUGCGAUGGCAAACAAUAAAAUUGUUUGAGAAAUAUUUUAGCGUCAUUUAUGUUAAUGGGAUAACACAUAGCAAUGGAUUAAUCUAAAUCUGCUAGAUCGGCUACGUAAUUUGCUGAAAUUAAUAACUUACAAGUAAAAUAGCUAGUCUUGUACAAAAAUGAAUAACACAACAAUAAACAAGGGUGCAUUGCUUGAACAGCUUAACAACGAAAAAGCAGCUCUGAUGAUACCUGCUUUUGUGUAUUUGGUAGUUUUAAUGCUGGCUGGAAUAAGUGGCAAUAUUUUAAUUUGCUACUACUACGGUUUCAAGUCAAGAAGAAGCUCAGAUAAUAUGUUUAUUCUCAGUGUUGCAAUGUAUGAUCUUACCUUAUGCACUUUGUCCAUUCCGAUUGAAAUUGUGGACAUAAGAUUGUUCUACAAUUUUCCUUACGCCAGUGCUUGUAAAGUUAUGAGAUUCGUGAACUAUUUUACAGCAAUUGGCAGUGCAUUUACUCUAAUAGUUAUAGCUAUUGACAGGUACAGAAAAAUUUGCAGACCAUUUAAGAAGCAGUUCAAAAAUAAAGAGGCUAAAAUAGCAUGUGGAAUUUCUAUUCCAUUUUCGUUGUUACUAUCCUGGCCUGCAGCAAUAUUCUACACGUCUGUACCUAGUAAUGUACAGACAGAGGAUGGCAUCGAGCUGCAAGGUUUUGACUGUACAACUACAAGAGAAGCCUCAUACAAGAUAUAUCUGUGGAUUUUCAAUGGAUUUUUUCUUCUUGCUUUUAUAAUUUCGACCAUUAUUCUUUUUGUGCUGUACAGUCUUGUUGGAAGAGCUAUAUAUAAACACAACAAAGCACAAAUUAAGUACACUCGACCAAAAUCGCCAUACUCUCAUACCGUUGAAAGUCAUAUGACCGAAAACAACAGUCCAAAAGUAAACGUAAACAAAAGAAAGACAAAUCGUGAAACAGAAGGUGUCAUUGAAGCUCAUUCUACACGAAGUGAAAUUCACUCUAAAAUUGAUCCUAACAAACCAAAAGAACAUGUUAGCGUCAAAACUAUGAAAUUUACAACAGUAAUGUUUGUUAUAACGACAGUAUUUAUUGUUAGUUUUUUGCCACACCUAGUUUUAUCGCUCUGGAGAGCCUUCCAAGGCACAUAUGACUGGGAAACUCUUUCUGACGCUGGAUUAGUUGCCCUUCAAAUUGGUCUGCGAUCAUAUUUUCUGAAUUCAGCAAUUAAUCCUUUAACCUACGGAUUGUUUAACUCGAAAUUUCGAGCAUUUUUCUACAUGACGUUCUGUCCAUGUUGCAAAAGGUUAACUGAUAGGUGCACGGUUUCCUCGAGCUCUGGCACUCCUUGACCUCCAAUUCAAACACUUUUAUCGAGAACAUUCACACAUCAUACAUGGUGAGAAAUACGCGUAUGAAAUGGACUAUUAUAUCUUCCCGUUUAGUGCCAAGGGCCGAUUCGUGCCGAUCUGUACAGAACAUUUACACCAUUCAUUUGAAUGAGCUGAACUCUUCUUCUCAACGCAGAAAAGUAAUAUUGUUCCUAUGGAUAUGAAAACAUGACAACGUUACAGGCAUUUGGUGACGUCAUUUUUGAUUCACAAGAGAUGUCAACGUAACAAUAAUUCCCACGAAAUAAUAAAUAGAUUUCAGCCGUCCAACCGAAGAAAUCUUCAUACAGUAGACUUCGAAUUUUAACGAAGAAAUAUCAAAUAUAUGGAACAAAGGAACAAAAGAGUAAAGCGAUGGUUACCUAGUUUAUAUUUAACGUAGAAUGGAAUCUUUAAAACUAAAAUAUUAAUUAAGUUCACAUAUAUUUCCAAUGAAGGGCAAACUGUCGGAUCAGUAUUUUCACAGUAUGAAACAAUACAAUCUUGUUCUCUUUUUUUUUAAAGAAACCGGACAAAAUAGAUAUCUUGUUGAAAUGUUUUCCUUUUCAUCGUCUUUACUCAAGGAAUGUCUUAAACUGUCGUAGACUGCCUUUGAAUCUUUUUUGUAUAAAUUUGUUAUUGUUAUACAAACACGAAACCUGCAUUUGUUUGUUUGUUUGUUUGUUUGUUUUAAUAUAAAAUUUGGUGUAUGCAUAUUACAAAUGUGAAAAAGAAAUUUGAUCGUGAACUAAGUAAUACCCGCAAGAAUUUGUUGUUAUGGUUACCAGUGAUGUUUACCAGUGCUUGCAGUCACGGAAAAUCUAGCUACAUUUAACAUAUUUACUUUAGGCAUUUUAACAAUGAUAUCGUGUAGUCGUCAUUUAUUUUUUAACCAAAUUUACUACUCAGUAAGAAUUAUUGACAGUCUAAAUUAUUUCAAAAGCUAGAAAUAAUUUUUUAAUCGUUUUCGAGCAAUAUCGUUAAAACAUACUGCCUAUAGAAACCUUUGGAAUUAAGAAAAGGUACUUUAUGUAAUCAAAAUAUUGGCGAUGAGUUUCAUUAUCUCUUAGAAUGUUCAACAUUAAAUAUUGCAAGAAAAAAAAUUAUUAAACCACAAUACAUAAGGAACCCUAAUAUCAUACCAUUUGAAAAAUUAAUGACAACCAAUUUUAACAAUCAUGUUGAAUAUAGAAAGCUAUGUAUGUUUAUUAACGACAUCAUUAAAAUAUUUGGGUGAUGUUUUUAAUACAGUGAUUUAUGAAAGUGGUGAAAUAUAAAUCCUUUUUUGUCAGGCAUUAUUGUCAUUACUAUAAAUGAAUUAAUUUUUUUGUUCUAUAGACUAUUGAAAGGAUCAUCUCCCUUUGUAUAACCAUGUUAAAUGUAUAAUAUUUAACCUCACUGAUAUUAUAUGUCAAAUUUGCCUCAUAUCAUCAUGUGUAUCAUGAAAUGAGAGUAAUACAGAAUUGAAAUU